AUGCGACGCUUUGUUUUCCUCUGCCGAACCCCACAUGCAGCAGCAGCCGCUGUGACUGCCACUGCCGCCUUCGCGCCCUCGUGUCGACUGCAGACUACAUAUGCGCAUGCUCCAGGUGAAUCUGCGUCGUCAGCAUCAUCAUCAUCAUCAUCUGCCGCAGCAGGGUCAGCGGAAGAAGGAGGAAAAACAUCGCAGCACAAGGCACAAGGGGAAGAGAAGCCUCGCGAGGGAACCGAUGCCCUUGGGGCUCCUGCAGAGGCGCCAAAGCGCCGCAACAUUGUGGUGCUCAGUAAUACCACCAAGGGUGUCUACAUACACCCAACCAACCACAUUGCAUCGUGGUACUGGUUCGUCACAGACUUCCACAAGUGGUUCGUCGGUAUUGUCUUCCUAUUUGUCGGGUCGCAGGUCCUGGCGCGGUAUCGUGUGGCGAAGAUGCAGACUGUUGUGCAGGCGCAGCUGGGGGAGAACCUCCUCGACCAACGUACACGUGACUUGUUGGGCGACAUUGAGGUGCUGCGGCGCAAAGACCCUAUUCGCCUCGAGCAGGAGGCGAACGUGUUCCACGAGCAGUUUUGGAAGCGUCGUGCUCUCUCAGUGUCGGAGGCACGGAAUGAGGUGCGGAAAGUAGAGCUCCAGCGCGGCAUAAUGCAGGGUCAGGCACGAGGUACCGACAUGACGGAGUGGCUUGGUGCCAAGGCGAAGGAUGAUGAGGAGCGCGAAGUGGCACGGCGCACGCAGGACUACAUUCAGGGAUUCCACCAACACCUCAAGUCCAGGCGCCUUAUUUGA